AUGUCAAUAAGCGAAACACCUCAUAAUAAAAGCCAGGGACUGCAAAAAGCGGCUGGUCGUCCUAAAAUUGUUGUUCCUGAGGGAUCGCCUUCUCGUAAUAGUGAUAGUGGCUCUUUUACUAUAGAGGGUGAUACUUCCCUUAAUGACGACUUGUUAAGUAUAUCUGGCAGUGUCACACCAAGAGCGAGAAGAUCUUCGAGAUUAAGUCUGGAUUCAAUAACGCCGCGAAGAAGUUUUGAUUCUAGGACACUAUCUGUUGCAAAUAGUAGAUCAUUCGGUUUUGAAAAUGAAACACAUAGUGGGUCCAUGGACUUUUCGCCAUUGGGAAAUAACUCCAUCUAUGAAAUUGUGAUGAACACAAGGAGGAAAAACUGGCUCAAUUACCCCACUGUUGCUGAUAUUCCACAAGUUAGCCUAAGCAAAAAUGAUCUGGAUGACCAUUGGAAAACUCAUGUUAUCGAAUACGUCAAAAACAUUAAAAGUGAUUACCAAAUAUUUCAAAGCACAAAUAAUAUAAGAAACAUGAAUCAGAUGGAACAGUUAAAAGAACUGCGAGAAGGGGAAAAUAUGCAUGAGGAGUCGUUUGAAGCAAAUCUGAGGCAAGGGGAUGCCGAGCUAAUAAAUAGUAUACCUGACUUUUACUUUUCAGACAAAUUUCAAUUAGAUAACCCUCGAACUUUUCAUAAAGUGUUGGACGCUAUCGAUUUAUUUUUAACGAAACUAGACAUGAAGAGACAAGCGGAAAGGGAUGAGGCUUUUUCUGAGUUGAGGGACAGGCUAAACGAUUUUUUGGAUAUCGUAGAAACAUUACUGGUUACAGAGAUAUCCAAAUCCUCACACAAAUUUUUUCAUGCGCUAAGUGAAGUUGACAAUAUUCAGAAAAGAGCCUUGGACACAAUGAGCGAGCUUAAGGAGCUAGCACAGAAUAUCAAGACCAUUGACGCAGAGAAUAUAAGAAAAAAAAUUUCACAUUUAGAAAUGAUUUUUAAGAGGAAGAAUGUAGAGAAACUAGAACAGGGAUUAUUACAGGCGAAGUUAGUGCUGAACAAAACAGAUGAGUGUAAGUCAAUGUAUGAGGAGAACAAGUUGGAUAACUGCUUAGAGCUGAUAAAAUCCAUCGAUUAUCUGAUUAAGGGGGAUGAUUCAAUAAACGAAGAUGUUCAGAGUUGGACUAGGUGUUGGCCCUAUAAAUUAAGCAAUUUGAGGACGAUACCUGCUUUGUCAGCAACGAGAGAGUUUUUAACCAAUAUGAAGAUUGAAAUAGGAGGAAAGUUCAGCCUACAAUUAUCGAUUUUACUAAUAGAUGAUUUAAGAUCCUUUUGCAAAUCAAUCAAACCAAAGGAAACACUACAUAGGAUACAAACGGGAUCUAAUGAUAAAAAGCAAACUAUAUUUACUGAUAAUUUUUCUUCAAAGAUAACCGAAUUAAUAGUCAGAUUGAAUAGAUGCGAAGAAUUAACGAGUGCCUUUGACCUAUACAGGGAAAAAUCUAUCACUGAGCUUAAAUCUAUCAUAAAAAUUUAUUUGCCAACAGAGAAUGCACACGCUGACAAUAACCACGAUGAAAAACAUCUUAACAAUGGCUCUACUAGUGGGUCUAAACUUUCAAGAUUAAUAAAGGAGCAAACUCCUGCAGAAUUUCAGUCCAUGCUAGUAAACAUAUUCACGCACGCGCUCGAAGCUCUUCGAAGACUUUAUGGGCAUCAAAAGUUGCUUCUAGAUAUCUCUCUUAACGAGCUAGCAUCUGUUAAAAGUCCAAACGAAAACCAGCACAACAUGAUUACGCAAUUGGAUAUACGUACUGGCAUCAACGAAAUAAUCAGAAUUAUUCAGUUACGUACAGGCAAGAUCAUUGCCGUAAGAAGAGAAUUGAACUUAUCUCUACGGUAUGAUUAUUUCUUGAAAUUUUAUGCUAUAUGCGUUAUUUUUAUUCAAGAAUGUGAAGUAUUAAGUGGUGAAUUUUUAACGAAAUAUUUAAGUAAUGUUUUAGCAUCUCAGAUCAAGCAUUAUGCAAACGCACAAAGUUCAAAAAAUUACCGCAACAUAAAGAAAAAGAUUGAUGCUGAAGAAUGGAUUCCAUAUAUUGUGGACUCCUCUAUUCAGAGCGAUGUUAACGACAUUGUGUCAAGUAUAGACAUAGACCCAUUGAGUUGGACAACUAUUUUAGACAUGGUAGGGGGUUCUCAUGAUUGCGAAAAUGGCAGAAGCGAGGACAAGGAAAAAGAUGAAGGAAAUGAAACAUAUCAAGGUCAUAGGAAAUCGGUUGUUGUUGGCGAUAAAACUUUUGUGGCCAGUAGUUCUCUGCUCGCUACCAUUGAGGUUAUUAAGGAGCUAAUGGUUCUUUCCAUAAACCUUCCCUCGAUAUACUUAUCAAAUUUCGAGAAGUUGUGCUAUGACGCACUACAAUACUACAACAGUAGCGCCAUGGCAUCUGUCACACAACCUGGAAACUCACUUUUAAAAACGGGUAGAAACUUAUCUAUCAUGGGAGAGUCAUUGGACUGUCUCGCAGAAUUUGUGAUUAUUGUUCAGAGAUUUUAUCAAAGGCUUUCCAACUCUAACAGGGAUUUUGAGCCAUUCGAUGCGAGUCAUUAUACAACCCUGUUGGGGCAAUUCCAGGCCUCAUCGAAUAAAAUAUACAUGGCCAAUGCCCCACCUCCGCCUGUAUAA